AUGCAAGACAAAAUUGAUGAUGGAGAGGUAGAGCUCUCAGUGGAUUCGUCUACUAAUGUUCAUGGAUCACUUUCUAUGGAUUCAUUUCUUGAUGAUUUACUGAGAAAUUCCCAAACAUGUACCCACACUCACACUUGCAAUCCUCCAGGACCUGAUGCUGCACACACUCACACAUGCUACCACACUCACACUCAUGUCUUUCCAUCUGAACAAGACAACACCCCGCAUGAUAGAUCAAGUCCCAGGUCGAAACCUCGUAGGGCGUUGGGAAAUAGAGAAGCGGUUAGGAAGUAUAGAGAGAAGAAAAAGGCGCACACGGCCUAUUUGGAAGAGGAAGUUAAGAAAUUGAGAAUUGCGAACCAGCAACUCAUCAAGAAACUACAAAGGCAGGCUAGUCUUGAAACUGAAAUUUUGAGGCUGAGGGGUCUUUUGUUGGAUCUUAGAGGAAAGAUUGACAAUGAAUUGGCAGCUUCCCCCUUGCAAAAACAGUGCAAUAAUAUCAAUACUUUUACGGAAGGAGAUUGUGGGAUUCAGUCUACUGGUGAGGAAGAUUUGCUAUGCUUGGCUGGUUCGUCUACACUGGCCGAUAGAAUAGGUGGAUGUGGCAAAAUGAUGGCUACCUGGGAAACAAAUUGCCAGCCUCCAACCAUUGAUUGUCAAGCCAAUGCACACAAUGUGGGAAGUGCAGAAAAAUGCUUCGAAGGCUUAAUGGAUAGGUUGUUGUCAUCUGCAUCUCCAGCAGAGUAA